UCCACUGAAGUCUCUUGCCCUCUUGCUUUUCACACAUGUGAUUGUGAUGAUAAAAAUUAUUCCUGAAUACAUCAUACAUCAUGGAUGCUCACGAUCUUUUUAAAAAACUCUCAGCCGGCGCAAAAUUCGAUUUAAAACGCUUUCGACAUGAUGCAGAAAAAUUUCAGAUGGUGAGACCAAGCAAAAAUGACGUGAGCGUUAAGAAAGAAAAGAUAGACGAUGAAUUGUUAGAGCCUGAAAAUAACAUAGAUAAUAACGCAAAACGAAAGCGUUGCAAGGAUGAAAAUGAAGAUAUUGAAGGGAUAACAUUGCUGAAUGAACUGUCAGUGGCAAGAGAUGGUAGCGGUUCAGUUAAGAAACGUAAAAAGAUUGCAACUGCGGACAAGAUAUUGAAGCUAGAACAAGAAAAGGUAAAUCAAAUGAGGAAUAUGAAUCGCAUUUCAGUCACGGGUAGUCAUGUACCUAAAUUAAUAUUAGAAUUUGAUGAAUUAAGAACAAGUUAUCAAGUGCCAGUAAACUUAAUGAAAAAUAUGAAAGACAGUGGAUACAUGAUUCCAACACCGAUACAAAUGCAAGCAAUGCCAGUUAUGUUAGAGGGUAGACAAAUACUGGCGUGUGCUCCAACAGGAUCGGGGAAAACUGCAGCAUUUCUGUUACCUAUCAUUCAUAGCUUACGGGGACCACAAAAAAAAGGUUUUCGUGCUAUUAUUCUAAGUCCUACGAGGGAAUUGGCCAAACAGACAUAUAGAGAAUGUCUAAAAUUGAGUGAAGGUUAUGACUUUAGAAUUCACAUAAUUGGCAAAAUAAAUCAAGCUCUUACCAAAUAUGGACCCUCAAGCUCGCAAAAGUUUGAUAUUUUAAUUACCACACCAAAGCGAUUAGUUUUUCUUUUAAACCAAGAUCCUCCAGCCAUUUCGUUAAGCAACGUGGAAUGGUUGAUUGUGGACGAAGCUGAUAAGCUUUUUGAAGAUGGAAUACGCGGAUUUAGGGAACAAUUAGAUGAAAUUACAAGAGCUUGCACUAAUACAGAUUUACGUCGGGCUAUGUUUAGUGCGACAAACACACCCGCGGUUUCAAAAUGGUGCCGCCGUAAUAUGAAAGGACUCAUAACAGUAACAGUUGGACACAGAAAUGCAGCUACAGAUAUGGUGGAUCAAGAAAUCUUGUUUGUUGGGAAUGAACAAGGCAAAUUGUUGGAAUUUAGAAACAUGAUUCGGAAGGGUAUAUCACCACCGGUCUUGGUAUUUGUGCAAAGUAAAGAGCGGGCUCAAGAGCUUUUCAAUGAACUUAUAUACGAUGGAAUUAACGUGGACGUUAUUCAUGCCGAUAGGACAACGACACAGCGAGACAAUAUCGUACGUUGCUUCAGAGAAGGACAGAUCUGGGUCUUGAUCUGUACAGAACUGAUGAGCAGAGGUAUAGACUUUAAAGGCGUAAAUCUUGUUAUAAAUUACGAUUUUCCGCCGUCCGCCAUCUCCUACAUUCACAGAAUAGGUCGUACCGGCCGCGCCGGUCACAAGGGAAAGGCCAUAACGUUUUUCACUCGACAGGAUACAGUGAACUUGCGAAGUAUCGCGGCAGUUAUGCGAGCAUCCGGAUGCGAUGUGCCGGAUUAUAUGCUGGCUAUGAAGAAGCACAAUAAGAAAGAACGACGCAAGCUCGAACAUACGGCACCUACACGUGAAAGGAUAUUAACCGUCCCCAUGUACAAGCAACGUAAGCGGAAAUCUCUCGAAGUCGAAAAGAAAUCGAAGCUAGAGAAGGAAACGUAGAAGUUAUUACAGUCACAAUGCAAUUUAUUGCCUCCUAGUCUGACCAGAUUUCUUGAACUCAGGAAAUUCUUAUGAUGUGCGCUUGGACUUAAUAUGUAUGUUGGCAGCUAAAUAUGUUACAUAUAUUUAGAAUGAGCAUUUGAU